AUGGUAACUUUAUAUGGGAAUGAUACCGAUACGGAUUCUAUUAUUCCAUGGAAAAGUAUGACCCAGGAGACUGCCACCACCUCUUUUACUUCUAUUUUUAGUAUCGAGGAGACUGAUGAACUAAACAAGUACCGCCAUUUUUGGUGGAAAACUG